ACUACUGUCAGUUCAGUCAGUUAACCUCAAAAGACCGCGUCCUUUAAGCCGUGAUUACAAAAAAAUAUUGGAAAAUAAAUACAAAGUCUUAUCAUAUCCGCAUACAACAUGCCUUUAGACGUCCAAGGCACAUUCGUAUCUCAAAAAAUCAACAAAGUGCGAUGGAUUCCCGAAGAAUACGUUGAAACAAAAUGUUUCUUUACUGGCAGUUGGGACGACGACAUGAAUUCCGUUAAAGUUUGGAGCUUCGAAAGCCAGGACGAUGAAGAAGUGGAAUAUCCCAAAUGUCUGUCAGAGUUUCCGGUGGAGGGAGACGUUACUGAGAUUAAAUUUACAAGUAAAAACAGGAUAGCUGUGUCUACUUCCGAUGGAGACGUGAGAUUGCUAGAAAUCAGUAUGUACGAGAGAUCCCAGCCAUUGAAGGAGGUUUUUAAAUGGGAAAAGUUGCAUAAUUUUGGUGAAGACAUCUGCUGCUGCACAGCAGUAGCGACCAUGGACAGUGACAUAGCAUCAGUGGGAGAGGAUGGCAACAUCAACUUUCUGAACGGCCACCGAGGAGAUAUUGUACGGACGGUCAAUGGCGCGGACAGCUGCUCGCUGCACUCUGUGUGUUAUAUCAAGUAUAAUGAGAUCAUAACCGGAAACCUCCGCGGCCACAUGAAGAUCUGGGACUCCCGGUCCUCCGACAACAAACCCACUGCCUCCUUCCUUCUCGCUGGAGACGACUUAGCAGCAACCUGCAUCGUCAGCCACCCGACACAGCCUCACAUCAUACUUGCUGGCAGCGAAUCAGGCUCGCUAGCCAUAUGGGAUUUACGUAUGAACUCAUUCCCUACUUCUUUACUUAACGCUCAUGCUGCAAGCGUUACAGAAAUGCAGUUCCAUCCGGUGAAUCCAUCGAAAUUGAUAUCUUGUUCGGUGUCCGGAGAGAUUUGGGAGUGGAAUAUGGAAGCUAUGAUCAGAACUACUAAGGGAGAGGACAGUCAGGUGGCUACUUGGAUGCCUUUGGAGGAUAAAAACACUAUGGUGGUGAAUUCUUUGAUGCCUACGUUGCAUAAAGCGAUAAAUACGGUGCAUUGUGAUAAAGGGAAGAUAGUGUGUGGUGCGGACAAUGAAGCUGUAUAUCUUAUUAAUAAUUUUAAGUAUUAAUAUUUAUUAGUAUUUUAGGUUUACUGUUAUUCAAGGUUUUUUUUUAAUAAUACGUCGGUGGCUAACAAGCUUACGGCCCGGCUGAUGGUAAGCGGUCACCGUAGCCUGCAUUUACAGGGGUGUUACACGUUGCCGACCCUAAAACUGGUUGGUUGAAAUAGUUUUUAAUUAAAAUGUUUGUAGCAUGUUGUAUAUUUAGAAAACUCAUGUAUUUCAAUAAUAACUAUACUGCCAAUAAUUUUGUUUUAAGCGGAAACGUCUGCAAAUGAUGCUAAAGAAUAAAUUUAUAAGAGAAAAAAUUCACCUACUGCCUUGGGUGAGACUUGAACUCACGACCACUGGAUCACCAGCCCAGGGCUCCGCUAUCCUAGCCACCAAGACCUCAUUACCAUAACACUUUUACGGUAGAUGUCUUUAGCCUCUCUCUAAAGACACAUUUGCUGUCCAUGGUAUGACGUGGCUUGGAUGCGCAGGGCGCUGGGCUGGUGAGCUAGAUGUCGAGAGUUCAAGUCUCACCCAAGGCAGUAAGUUUUUCUACUUUUAAAUGUAUUCUAAGUUUAUACAGCCCUUUGUAUGUAAUACAUUAAAUUUUCGGAACAAUUUUGUACUAAUGGUAAACUUAAGUGUUAAAAUAUUUGGUACAAAUAAUAACAAAAUUUUGUAAAUAA